GUCAGCUGUGCUUCACCAUGGAGGAGAUCUACGUCAGACACGUGGAGCUUCUGGGCCUCGAGAAACGCUUCUUCCCAAGUCAACACUUCGUGUACAUGCUGAUGGUGAAAUGGAGCGACCUCACCGAGAAGCUGAUCUACAGGACCUACCCUGAAAUCCACACCUUCCACAAAUCCCUGAAGGAGAUGUUUCCCAUCGAGUCUGGUCAGAUACAGAAGAAGGACAGAAUCAUCCCCUCAUUACCAGCGCCACGCUGGGUGGACAGCCAGAAGUCCAGAGAAACCAGGAAGAUCACCUUGGUCCAGUACUGCCACUCACUCGUCAACUUGCCGUCUCACAUUUCCCGCUGCAAACUUCUCACCAGCUUCUUCAAGGUCCGACCCGAGGAUGAAAACCCGCCGGCGCCAAACACACUGAGAAGAAACGAGACAUUUGUGGAGUCCAGGGACCUGGCCAGAGGCGUCGCCUCCGAGAUUUCUGGUCCCAUCAUCCUGGAUACCUACAGAGUCGUUGCAGACUUCGAAAAGACGUCCAAACACGAGAUCAACGUGCACACAGACGACCUUGUUGAAAUUGUGGAGAAAAACCAGAACGGCUGGUGGUUCUGCCAGUGCGAGUCCAAACGAGGCUGGAUUCCUGCGUCCUACCUGGAGCCUCUGGACGGACCCGACGAGUCUGAGGAUGCUGACCCCGACUACGAAGGGGAACUUCACGUCACCAUCCACGCUUACAAGGCAGAACAGGAGGAUGAGAUUUCUCUGGACCUGGGAGAAUCUGUCGAGGUCAUUCACAAACUGCUGGACGGCUGGUGGGUCGUCAGGAAAGGAGACGAGACAGGUCAUUUCCCCUCCAUGUUCCUGCAGAAGGCUGGUAAAAAGGUUACAGUAAGGACGACCCCCCAAGGACAGAGACCUCCACCGCGCAGGUCCACCAUCAGAAACGCCAAGAGCAUCCACAACAAAUCUCGCCAGCGGCUCACCCAGGACACCUAUCGCAGGAACAGCCGCCGUUACCUCCAGCAGAAGAGCAGCCACCUCGCUUCUCCACACAGGAACUCCAACAGCUCCGCUAAGUCGCCGCUGAGGGAGAGGAAAAACCAGGAUAACAUUCCCCGGCUGUCUCGCUCCAGUUCUGAGACCGAGCCGAAGAAGGAGGCUCCGGUUAUCCCUCCCCGGCCCAGCGCCGAGCUCAUCCUGGAGCGCUGCACUGACAACACGCGCAAGAAAGUCAGCGUCCACAAGUCCAGUUCUGGCUCUGCAAGUUAGCACCAGCUCUCAUCUGGUGUGGCAAUGUCCUUCAUCGUUACCAGAUCAGCUGGAGGCAGGAAGUUCAUGUUUUCCAGCAUUAUAGUAUUUUUUUGUUCUGUCUUGAGGUUUCUGAGAAAUACAUAGAAAAUGUUUGACAUUGUGGGAUAAUACUGAAAUACUCUUAUUACUGCUUGAUGGUGAAGAGACUCUUUCCGUUACCUGAACAGGCCCUUAGCUCAGCACAAAGACUGGAAACAAGCAAAAAUCUGACCAAAAAUCUGACCAAAAAUGUUCAAACCCACCUACAGUUGACCGUUCAUUUGACCUUGUGAGUUGUCUUGCAACACCAUUCUGGAUAGACUGCAAACGACUGAAUUCAGAUUUGCUGAAAGGGGAGAAUAAUACAUUCAAGUAAUCAAUUUAUGGGGAUAUGAUAGCAUGGAUGAGCAUUUCCAACUCAUCAUUGGAUAAUACUGAAGUUUAUUAUUUCUAAAUGAAGGAACUAAGACCUGGUCACACGUUUGAUAUGGGUGUUGAGGGAGAGCAACUGAUCAGAAAUCACCCCUAAAUACGUAGAUUGGUGUGAACAUCUGCAGAUCAUGGCACAAUAGCUUGUUUGAUUACUGGUAUAAAAUCAUAUGGCACAACAAUGAUGGCCUCUGUCUAAUCAGGAUUUCUGCUGCAAACAACCUUCCAGUUUUUGAUAGUGUUCAAUUGAGUAUGCAUGACAACUUACUGAUAUCACUGGGCUUAAAUGAAAAAUAUAAUUGGAUAUUGUCAGCAUGGAAUUGAUGCGGAACAUUAAAACAGUUCAUGCUUAUUAAAGGCAAUAAACAAAAUGUUGGGAGAAGAGCAGUGGUCCCAAAACAGAGACUUGGAACUCAGGAGAGGAGUCAGAUAUGGAUAUUUACUAGCCCAAAGCCUUACUGUUUUUUUUUGUUUCCAAUGUUUAAAAUAAGCUAAUCCUUUCCCUUCAUACACAAUCAAUCAUCUCAUUUAAAUUUAUUACCUAAAGUCUGUUUAGCUCCAAUCUGAAGUAGUGAAGUGUGAUGUAGUCGGUGAAAUGCAUCUCGUAGAAAUUAAUGAAGAUAUUUGCUUAGAAUGUCAGU